AUGGCUUUAAAUUUAGUAGUGAACAGUUACCAAAUUCCCUAUCCAACUCCACAAAAUUCAGAAGAAACUAUCGGAGAAAUGGCACAUCGAAUUAUGCGAGAUAAUCUCAGUGCUAGUGUUGUAAAAGCUAAAGCUCGUGCUUUAGCCAAUUCAGUGCCAAACGCCAAUGCUGGCUCAUUACGUCUUUCCCGACUCCGAAGAGAACUAAAAAAUCUUGGCACUUCAUUCCAAAUAAUCGAAGCUACGAAAUUUCCCGAUAUUACAAAAGAUGCCAAUGAAAUUCAGAGAGAUCGACACUCUGGAGUAACGAGUUAUGCGAAGAACAGAGGUCAGCCAGAUAUUCCUAGAAAAUUUAGAUCUAUGGAGAAGGAUCAAGAACGAGCCAAAGAAUUACUAACCUGGAUACAGAAUGCCAUAUCUUCUGGUCGAAUGGGUAAUCCAGGGGCUAUAUAUGCUGUAGUGGUACAUGGGGCAAAGAAUUUAGCUCAUGCUAUAACAAUUGCCGGAGAAGCCUUACGUCACAAUCCUAACAAUAACACCUCACCAGUACAAAAUUUCGUUAUUGUCAAUUAUCGAAAAAAGAAUCAACUACUUGAAGAAGCGAGACCAUUUCGACUCUAUGAUAAUGUUAACUAA